AUGCUCCUACAAGAUGAACCUCCACGCAAGAUAACGCCGCGAUUUACGAGAGCAAGACAGGAGCAAAAUAUGGCAAAUCCGAAUGAACCUUUCUAUGUUCGCUACUACUCAGGUCAUUCUGGGCGGUUUGGACAUGAGUUUCUCGAAUUCGAUUUUAGAUCUCUCGGCGAUGGUCGAAGCGCGUCUGCUCGGUAUGCGAACAACUCCAACUAUCGAAAUGACUCCCUGAUCCGCAAAGAGAGGAAGAUGAUUCGAGAUGGCCGCAAAAGAACAAAGACGGACGGCAGGAGUUAG